GGAAUACCGUUAGCUUCUUGUCCGAUAUGUGCAAGCUAUAAAUAUAUAUAUGUAUGCUGUGUGCACCCAUGUUUAUCAAAUUGACCUUGUGGAUUUGUGGGAUAUGUACUUGUGUAUUACUUUAGUCACGUAUAUAGUAAACAACUGAGAAUAGACUUCUACUGAGCAGUGCAGUUGUAGAACUGUUACAGGGACAAAUGAUAGAUGAGGUGGAAGGUGUAACAUGAAUGCUUCACAGAUACCAGCAGUAUGAAUUAUAAAAAGUGAAUAUAGUGGUCGUUUGCAUAUCAAUGGCAGAAUGUUCAAGUUCUCAGCUGGUACAAAUCUACCAUAUGACGAGUUCUCACGACAUAGAAAGAUACGACAACCUAGGGAUCCCAUGUCUCACCGUUUGAUUGAGAAGAGGCGAAGAGAUCGCAUGAACAACUGUCUGGCUGAUCUUAGCAGGCUCAUUCCACCUACCUACCUAAAACAACAAGGUCAGGGGAGGAUCGAGAAAACUGAAAUAAUUGAGAUGGCGAUUAAAUAUAUUCACAAUCUACGAGAGAGAGCACAGCAUGGCCCACAGGGCAGACCAGAAGUGCAACUCAACACAGCGGAUCUCUCCGAAGACAAAUACCCAACAAAAAAAUGUUGCCAACGUCAUUUUUAUUAUGGGUUCAAGGAGAGUAUGGAUGAAGUGGCAACGUUUUUGGUGGAGUGUCAGGGUUCCAGCCCAGAAGAUAUGCUCUACCAAGGCAUUAUAAAACAUAUGGAAAGGGCAAGCCAGAAAUAUUACCCAGGCAACUACAGCAGCAUCCCACAAGAGCCACCAGCAAUGUGGAAACCACAAGAUUCCAUGGAAAGCAGAAAUGAAGACGAGAUGCAGAUGUCCUCGUCGGGCAUUGGAAUGACAGAUCACAGUAGCACACAAGAAAACUCCCCCACAGAAGUCUCGGAUUUGAGAAGCAGCAGUGGCGCUGAGAUCAAAGAUGAUGGUUUGAAAAGCCUCCUAUCGAAUUUGCCAAACAGUGAGGAAAAAAAUACAGAAUCUACGACUACUGUUACUGAAAUGAAGAAUGAUGACAUUUGUGCUGGGAUGGAUGAGUCUGUGGAAGGAGAGUACCUUGAAAAUGGGGAAAUGCCGUCCCCUAUCGAGGAACCUACCGACCAGCAGUGCAGUUUGGACAGCAAUGGCGACAAGGUGUACAAAUUCAAAAAUAUCAUAAAACUGAGAUUCACAGAGGACAUGAAAAGUGGGCAUCGCUACAGUAAAACUGGCACUUCGAGUUCGUCCAACAGCUCCAAGGAGGAGAAUGACAGCGAGAUGUUUCAGCUGAUGGGGAACCAGUUAAACUCCUAUUGUGGAAGCUCGUCCUCCACAAACUAUCCAAACUCUAGAGACAGCUCCACCAAUGGGUACAGCUCCAAUGGGAAUGGCUACAGCUCUCAAGGGAGUAGUGGCAGCGUGGGGCCCUCCCCGCACAAACAGCACUCCCACAGCCACAACAGUCACGUGUCGAAAAAACAAGCCAAUAAAGACUAUAUGGAAAGAGAUAUGAACGUCCCAGGUUUUGCCAUGCAUCCCUCAGCAACCCAUUACAUCCCAAUUAUGGUCCAUUUGUCCUAUUUGUCCCCCUUUUUGCAGCAUUCUGAAGUGGAAAGCGUGCAUCAGAUUUUUCACCCAAUCAGCAUUCCUGUCAGGCUUGGAGGGCCUGUCAUACCCCCACCUCUUGUUUCGCUGGAGGGCAAACGAGCCAGUCAUAAUUGAUAAUGACGUGAUGGUGUAGAUGCCCUUUUGAAAGCUGUCUUGAAUAACUGCCUUUCUGUUCAUUUUUAACUAUGUUCCCAAUGGCAUGAUAAGUUUCUCACUGUAAUGAAUUAUUUAUUGCUGAUUUUUUAUCCAUUUAUCAGUUUUCCUGUUGAAACCUAAAUACAACUGAUAAUUUAUGCUGAUACAGGAUAAGCUGAAAAUUGGGAAUAAUUUCUCUCAAACAAUCUGUAUGUAGACUUCACUGAUUCUGAGAGAGGCUGUAUGUGCUGGGGCCACCUAUGUUGGAAGUUCUAGUUAUAAAAUGUUGGGUGAAGGCUUAAAGGAAGUGGAGAAGGGGGGGGGGGAGGAAGAAAGUGGUGGUGACCACAAUAAAUUUGCCAGUGUUAGUAGCAUUGUAGUUUGUAGGAUAGCAAUCAGACCAAACAGAUCUUUGGAUCUUCAAUCAAGCCCCCAAAGUAUAAAUAUAGUAACAAUGUUAACUCCUGGAUGCCAUAAGUCAUAAAAAACUUUAGACUCAUUGUCAAAAUUCAUAACAAGACCAGCUGUGAAAUAUAUUUUGAUUGCUGAAUAUGUUUAACUGUGAUGUUAAGUAAUGUGCGUCUGAACUAGUUUCACUGGCGAACAUGAUUUCAUUGUCUUGUAAGUAGUGGUGGUAUUAAAAAGCAAAUCAUUUUGUCUCUUUAGAAACAGUUAACAUUUUAAGUAUAGUUUUACAUUGUCAUUGCAAAGCAAUGGUUAACCAAUAUAAGGUAAGGUAACAUUUGUCGUUGAAAUUUAUUAUUAUUGUUAUUAGUAUAAAAAUUAUUAUUUUUGUUAUUAUUAUUAUAAUUAUUUUUAUUGGUGGUCUCAUCAGAGAAAUUUAUGGAAAUCAGCAUUUUUAUUUCUGAAUAUGAAAAAGACUUCUUUACCAACUUCAUUCAAUUUAUAUAUAUAUGUCAACAAAAUAUAAAGAUUGCUUUGUUUUUUUUUUUUUCACAUUUUUCAAGAGGAUAAUGUAUUGCAUGUAACAGGCACUAAAAAGAAGUGCCCUAUGUAGUUCAGUAAAAAAUCUUUUUCGUGAAGCACUCUGUAAAGUAAAACCAUGCAUUCCUGCUUUAUUGUGAAUCUUCUGAAAAAAGUAUUUUGUGUAUGGUGCUAUUAUUAGCUAUUUAUUAUUAUCUAUUUAUUGGUUUGAGGAAUUUUUCUAUAAGGCUAUGACAUGUAUGAUAAAGAGCCAGGUUAACUGUUAAGUUAGUAUGUUGACCUGCAGAUCAGGGUUCCGUAACUCGAAAGCAUCGCAAAUUGCGACCGAGUGAAAGCAUCUCGAUUCCAUACCUUGGGAUUUACUAGCCCUAUAUUGGCCCUAACAGCCUCAAAAUGAAAGGUGAUUCUCAAUUCGAGAUGCUUUUGAGUUACAGAGCCCAGGUAAGCAUUUGCAACAUUACUAGUCCAUAUGUUCUGGCCAGAAAAUGUUUAGAAAUGAGCAUGUCAUUCCAUUUUUGCGAGUGUAAAAUAUCGGGACUUUUAUAAAACCCUAAUGUCCCAAAGUAAUUACUUUUGGGCCCAUGAACUUCAUAUUCUUUACCACUAUACCAUGAUUUGAACAUUUAGACUGGAACUUUUUUCUAUCGGUGUGGUGAGUUGGCCAGUCAGUAGGAGCAGUCAAAUUGACUGGCCAACUCACUUGUGAACUUGACUGUUACUGUUUAUAAGCAAUGAAAAAGAAAGCUACAAGAAUGCUAGUGAGUACGGUAUUGCUCAGUAUGUUCUAAAUUCUAAAAGGUAAAGAUCAUAUUAGCCAUAAUACCUUCUAAAGAUGCCUUCCUAUUAGUUCAAAUGGUGUACAUUGUUCAAGGACAAUGAGUUAUGCUUUUUACUGAUGACUUGCCAGAAAUUGGCACAUCAGUAUGUAUUAUUUUAGACUUUUUAAACAAGAUUUAUAAACAUGAAUUACACUCCUAAUUACGGAAACGAUACGUUUGAAACAAUAUCGAAGGACACCUUAUAGACAAUGCUGGUUGUUUCAGUCAGAGAUGUAAAAACUACCUAAGGCUUGUAAAAUUUAUCGGUAUAGGUCCUCUAUGUUUUUUGUUAAUAAGGUUUCAUCGUUUGCUGUAAUACUUCUUGUACAAUUUUGCCAGCCUGUAUAAUCAUUGAAAUUCUCUUUGGCUUUAUUUAGUUUUCCUAUGUUAUUGUCUGUAAUUGCUCAUAGAAUAGUUGAGUUUUCUAUAAUUAUAUUUAAGGGAGGCCUGGUGCCUUCUAAAUUUUUUUGUCCCAGUUCUGUAUUUAUGAGAUUCAAAAUAUUUUGCACAUUAAAAUUUAUUAUUAUAAUUUAUCAUUGUGUAGCAUUUUUGGGAUUCCCAAGAAUGGUUGAAGGCCACUUGUUACACCCCUUGUUAUCAGGAUGAUAUUUGUAAGUUGUUGUAAAUAACAAAUAUUUAGAAAAUA